AUGACUGUUCCCAAGCCUGCAGAAUUCUUCAAGACUAUACGGUCUGUUCGUGAUACUACAGGACCAGUUUACCAAUUGAUCAAGAAUCAAGGUGAAGGUAAUUACUACAAGCUCGAUGAAUCCAAGAUGGACCAAGUUACCGAAUACCUAUGCAAGAUCAUUGCACGCGAUUAUGGUGAUAAUUACAAUUCCAUCCCACCUCAUGGCAGAUGGCAGCACUUGAAUGCUGGUGGUCAUUUGAGAGUUGAACAGUUGAUUGACCAGUGGCGUGCCGCCAAAACAGAUGAGGUCGAGAUUUCUAGAAGACUUAUAGAUUUGCUUGUCGUUAGUGUGCUUGUGGACGCCGGUGCAGGUAACCUAUGGAAAUAUAUUGUAGGUGAAUCAGAGAGUUACUCGAGAUCUGAAGGUUUGGCAGUGGCGUCUUAUUACCUCUUUGUGGAUGGCGAAUUUUCCAGUGAUUCGAAUACAAAAUUCCAGGUCAAUGGCCAAAAGCUCAAAGAUUUUACCAUGGAUCAAUUCGUUAAAGGGUUUCAGGUCUCGGAUGCGAACCCAUUGAAUGGUGCAGAAGGUAGAUUACAAUUAAUUCAAAAAUUGGGUGAUUCACUUCUAACACAUCCAGAAAUCUUUGGUUCUGAUGCCAGACCCGGUGGUAUAGUCGAUUUCUUAAAAAAAGAAGCCUCCACCGGUAAUUGUAUCGAUUUGAAUGACAUAUGGAACGCUCUCAUGGACGGAUUUGUCACUAUUUGGCCUCAGGGUAGGGCGACAAUUCAAGGUCAACCCUUGGGUGACUCUUGGAGUUUGGAUACCAAGUCAAAGACCGAAAAAAAAUGGGAUGAUGAAUUUUUAGAUAGCCUUGUGACCUUCCAUAAACUUACCCAAUGGCUAUGUUACUCUCUUUUAGUUCCACUGGAGAAAUUCGGCCACAAGUUUCAAGUAUCAAACAAAGAAUUGCAAACGGGAUUGCCUGAAUACAGAAACGGUGGACUAUUUUACGAUUUUGGUGUCAUUGCACUGAAACCAGAACAUUUGAAAAGAGGGUUGGCUCUAUCUGACAAACUUGGUGUUAAAGAACCAAUUCCAACGUUUACCGCGGAAGACGGCGCUAUAGUUGAAUGGAGAUGCCUGACUAUUGGUCUCUUAGAUGAACUACAUGCAUUGGUUAACAAACGCUUAAACACCAAUCUAGCUCUACCCCAGGUGAUUGAAGCAGGGUCUUGGAAAGCAGGUAGAGAAAUAGCCGCUGAGAAGAGACCCUUAACGAAGGGGCCUCCUAUCGAAUUACAAAGUGACGGUACAGUCUUUUAA